UUCACCUGAGAUUAAUGUACGAAAAAAAAGGCAAUUUCUUGUGGAUACCGAAGGGCAUUUUUGAGCGUGUUCUGAGCUCAUUUUUAUGACGUGGAAUGGAAGAAGGAUGCAGGUUGACAGACCACAGCUGAGGGACACCAUGCACCCAGGGACGGGUUAUGGCUUAUAGCAGGCUCCUGCUGCUGCUGAUAGGAGUGAUCACCUCCCAUCUCCCUGAAGUCCAGGCAGCACCCAUUGACUUUUGGUGCUACUCUCUAAACAGGAGAGUUAUGGCGAACAUGAUUGAGGAGCUGAAGGACAACAUGGCAGGUUGCGUGGGUUCGGAUACGCUGUCCUCUCCUGUGCAGCUACCAAAAGUUGGACUGAGCAUGGCAGAAUGGGAAAACAAAACUAUUCAGCAGAAGCGCUCAGAGGUGAUCAGGUCGCUCGAGAUGUUUCGAGACGGAGUGCAUGGGGCGAAGAAUCAGACCACAGUGGAGUGUCAAACCCGGCUGUUGGAGCAACUGGGAACGGGAAUCGCAAAUUAUCUGCUUAUCGUCAAAAGGCUUCAGCUACAGAAUGACACAGGGACACCAUCUCAUUCUGUAGUCCAGAGCAGCAGCCAAACCAGCCUGAACAAAGUGCUGGACAUGUUCGGACUGUUGCUCAAGGGGAAGCUGGAGUACCUCGCUAUUGACCUCCAAGACAGUGUCUGCAAAGUGGAACAUGGGACAACCUAAAUACUCACGGAGCUUCUGGCUGAUUCAAACAAAUUGAAAGUAGCUUCACUGCUGCAGCUUCGCUGCUGAGCUGUGCUGCUGAGCUGUGCUGCUGAGCUGUGUUCCCUCAGAACUGAUCUGAGGUGCAACAGGAUAGGAGGAGGAGAGGAACAGCACAAGAACUGACAAGGUACUCCACGCUGAUGAAGGUUCGAGAAGAAAGGGAUGGAGGAGGAUUUGCAGAUAGAACACGAUGAUGGACGAAAAGACCUGUGGCUGCUUGUUAUCUGGAAAAGAGGAUGGAUAAGGCCAACUAUCAGUGAAGGUUUUGAAGGUCAAGGACGGUAGCAAUAACUUGGAGUUGAUUGUCAUUAAAAACCCACCCACGAGGAUUACGUUUAGCUCGUGAAAGGGUAGUAAGGACAUUAAAAAUAAAAGUCCACACUGAAAUGAACUCUGAGGAGUUUUUUUUUCAGUGUGUUAGCAUCUUAUUAAGCAGUUUCACCAACUCAAAAGUUCAAUUUCCUCGGCUCAAACAUAACUGCCGUAGAGCUAAGUAAGUAUUCAACCAUCCAUCAAGACUUAAGGUCUAGACUCUACAGUGAUACUGGGAGCUUUGUGAGGCUGUACCUAGGCUCAGCGUCGCUUUGAGCAAAAUGGUAAUGUCAGUCUGCCAGCAUGCUCAUGGUCAGUAGGUAUGAUGUUUACCGUAUCAACGGUAUUUGUUUUAUGUAUUAGAAGGCUAAUAUCUGCUCAUUAGCACUUAACACAGAAUCCAACUGAGGCUGAUGGGAAGGUCAUUCAUUUAGCAGAUUUUAAGUCAAGUAAAGGCAAGUUUAAAUGUUGACCUCAUCACAGCACCAGAGAAAGAGAUAAAGGCGCACUAUGCAGAAUUUGUUGGUUGCUCUUUGUAAACAUGCCAUUCAAAAUUGGCCCCUCCUCCUUGUGCUGAUUGACAGGGAGUACUUGAGCAGUACUUUUGAGUGUUUCCCUGAAUCGUAUAGCAUUAAGGGAUCGUCAGACAGGGUCAUGGCCACCCUUAGAGCCAUGUGAAUAGCGUGGUUAGACAAAGAGAUAUGACAGUUCAUGUGAACCAAUUCAUUUGUCAUUCUUGGGACUUAAGUGAAGGAGUUCACAAUGAUAGCAAUGUCAUUCAAAAUAAACAGUAUAAUCACAUGAUAAAGGGAUUAAUGAAGUCAGCAGCUGUCUCCUAAAGAAAUAUUGAACAACUGAGUGCAAGAAAAAGUUCACAAAUAAAACUCUAGGAUAUUUGAAGUUGCGUUAUCUUGGUUUUAUGUGAUGCCCCCCUGCAUUUGUUUGUUUCCAUGCAAGUAAAUGUGAUUGUGUUAUGAUCACCACUUUCUAAAGCACACUCCUUAUACCAGUGCCGAGAUGAGCUUAGUUUGGCAGUGUACUUUGCUGGUCCCGUCUUGCAAUGUGUAAUCAAAGCUGUAACCGUAGCGCCCUCUGUGGGUGCUGGAUAAGAGGUGCUCCAUGUUGGGCUCAGUCAGUUGCCUUCAUGUAACCAGGAAAACAGGAGUCUCUUCUCUUUUCUGUGUCACACUGUGGAAGACUGGCAAAUGUAACUCUGCACUUUUUAAAGCCCAGGCCACCAAAAAAAAACUUCGAUAAUGACACUAUUUAGAUCCCCCCCCCCAAAAAAAGGGAAACGGUUGUUUGCUGCAACUAAGUCAGUCAGUAUAUGUUUAAGUUGAACAUAUCUCAGUUGAGGAAAUAUCUGUUUAUUAUCCAAAGAUGUUGUAAUGUUUGCAUGUAUAUAUGUCUGUAUGCACACACAGUUUAUUUGUAUGCAUUACUUUUAUAGAUAUUGUACUUUUUGUGAUAUUUUAAUAUAUGUAUAUAAUAUAUAUAUGAUUGCUGCUGCAUUUCGUAAAAAGUGUGUAAUUCUUGCUAAAUCACUGAAGUGUCCAGAAAAGAGGUUCUC